AUGCCGCUGCUGAGUGGUCGACGACGGGAUGGUGAAACGGCGGUAAACGGCGGGACCGAGCAGAAACGCAAUAAACCGGACCCAAAAAAAAAAACAAAGAAAACGGAUCGGUUUGAACGACCGGAUGACUCGUCGCUGGAUCCACCGCCGACCGUGUUCUAUACGAUUGUCAUUCGCAGUUUUCAAGCAUCGCUCUCGUGGUAUCAGUCUCUAAGGUCGUGGCUCUGA